UGGGAGGAUGCUCGCUCGCUAGACUCAAUAUAUGUGGACCAGGGAGCUCAGUCACAAAGAGCAGUCGGAGGAAAUUGACAGCAACAAAAACUUCCCAGCUCUGAGUUGUGAGGAGGGACACACACGAUUACUCUACAAGACAUCACUCCUUUAUCCGGGCGUGUUGGCUACUUGAUCUUCCACCGAGUCGAUUUCACAGUGGAGAGGACUGAUGCGUUUCCAUAGUAUGUCGACCAACUUGCUGUUAGUCCCGAUACCGGAAUCCGGCGAUGAUAUCAGCAACAGGGACACCAAGAUCGCCGUUUUGGGAUCAAGCACAGUUGGGAAAACAGCCUUGAUCGUUCGAUUCUUAACCAAGAGGUUUAUUGGUGACUAUGAACCAAAUACAGGAAAUCUUUAUUCAAGGCAUGUUCUAAUUGAGGGGGAACAACUUUCACUGCAAGUCCAAGACACGCCUUGUAUCCAGGUACAAGGUGAAUGUGCACAUUUUCCUGACCUCGUCUCCAGGUGCAGUCACUGGGCAGAGGGCUUCAUCCUGAUGUAUUCAAUAACGGACUACAACAGCUACAAACUGAUUCGGCCCUUGUAUCAGCAUAUCCGCAAAAUGCACCCCGAUACCAAAGUCCCCGUGAUCAUCGUGGCCAACAAGAGUGACCUGUUGCAUGCCAGGCAAGUCCAGACCAACGAUGGCAUCCAGCUAGCAAAUGAACUUGGUACAACCUUCUUGGAGAUCUCCACCAGAGAAAACUAUGGGGAUGUAUACGACGUCUUUCAACACAUUCACAGGGAGGUUAGCAAGCUACAUAUGAACAACAAUGGAGAAAAACGAAGGGGAUCAAUUAUACCCCGACCAAAGUCCCCAAACAUGCAAGACUUAAAACGUCGCUUCAAGCAGGCCCUUUCAUCCAAAGUGAAAUCUAGUGCCACUUUGUGAAAUUGAGUUUGAAAUUAUUUAAUCCUGUAGAUAAACAGAACUGAUCUGUACCAGUAAAUGAUGCCUUGCACAUUGAGCAAGAUAACAAAAAUGUCUUAAUGAAGGACUGGGCGUAUAGAUUUGUGUAUUACAGAGCAGGGUUGUAGGGCUAUUUUCCAAAGCUCACAUAAUUCCCACUUGAGACAAUCUAGAUAUUCGCUCUUUCUGAAUGACUUUUGUUUAAGAUGAUUAAGAUGCAUUACUGUUGCUGUCAAGAACGGGCUUUAUUUUUGAUGACAUAUUUUUGGAAAAGUCUUAUUGCAUUAUAGUGGUCUGUUUAAUGUUGAAGCAAACGGUGACAUGAAAUGUAAUAAGGCAGAGGUCGUCUUGGAUGAAGAUUAAUAGCAGCUAAGAAUGACAGAAAAGUGGAGUAUAAUUAAGGCUGGUUGUUGUUAAGGAUUCAGAGACUUAGAAAGGCAUGAAGAGGCAGCCUUGGCUGUCAUUAUGAAUCAGAUAUUAGCCAUGAGAAUUGCAGAAAUAUUUUGGAUUUGGUUUGGGCUAGUAUUUUGUUGAGCUUAUAGGGCUUGAUAUUACAAACAAAAGUCAAACCAUUGCAGUCAAUCAUGCUUAAUGAAUUUGUAAUCACACUAUUGAUUGCAACACAGUUGCCUGUGUACUGGAGAGAAUACUUUUUAAUGUAUUUUGUACAAACCGUGAUUACCUAUUCUUGUGAACAAAAAUGUGACUAUUUCUACAUUCAAAUAAUAAUGUUUAUAUUGUUCCUCAGAAUUAUUCUUGUACUAUUAAUAAGUAAAUUGCCAGUUCCAUAAUCCAUAA